AGUCGAGCGUGGGGGGUGCCUGCGAGACAGGCCCUGAGGCUGAGCACCGUCGCCUCAGCGGUACACUGCCACUGAGGCCGGGAGGAGCCGGGCUGCCAGCUCCGCCGCCCGGAAGGACGGAGUCUCCCUGUCCCGUGACAGGCCCGCCGGAGGCGCCGCGCCUCGCUGCUGCCCGCACCGCGAGCCCCCAUGGCGGCGGACGCCCCCAGUACCCUUCCGGUUCAGCUGGUGGAGCAGCCCAGAUUGCAGAAGCUGAAGGAGAUGUUUAUAUCAAAGUUUGGAUCGGUUCCCAAGUUUUAUGUUCGUGCUCCAGGGCGAGUCAACUUAAUAGGAGAACAUAUAGACUACUGUGGUUAUGCUGUGCUCCCUAUGGCCAUAGAACAAGAUAUACUGAUUGCAGUAGAACCUGUAAAAACUCAAGUUGUCCAACUGGCAAAUACCAAUUCUUUGUACUUGGAUUUCAGUGCUAGCGUUAAUAACAUUCAGAUUAACAAAACCAAACCUCAGUGGCAUAACUACUUCCUUUGUGGACUCAAGGGUAUUCAGGAACAUUUUGGUCUUAAUAACCCAACUGGAAUGAAUUGUCUGCUAGAUGGAACCAUCCCUCCAAGUUCUGGUCUCUCUAGCUCCAGUGCUUUGGUGUGCUGUGCAGGACUCGUGACACUAACAGCUAAUGGAAAAACCCUCUCUAAGGUGGAACUUGCAGAGAUUUGCACAAGGAGUGAACGUUACAUUGGCACAGAAGGUGGGGGAAUGGACCAGUCCAUCUCUUUUCUGGCAGAAGAAGGAACUGCCAAGUUGAUAGAGUUCAGUCCUCUGAGGGCAACUGAUGUUAGACUUCCAAGUGGAGCAGCAUUUGUUAUUGCUAACAGUUGUGUUGAAAUGAAUAAAGCAGCCACUUCUCAUUACAAUAUUAGGGUAAUGGAGUGUCGUCUGGCUACAAAGCUUCUCUCAAAGUCAAAAGGCUUGGACUGGAGAAAAACAUUGCGACUCCAUGAUGUGCAAACCAAGCUAGGAGUUAGCCUAGAGGAAAUGCUGACCAUUGUUGAGGAGGUAUUACAUCCUGAGCCUUACAGUACAGAGGAAAUUUGUAAAUGCCUGGGAAUUAGCCUGGAGGAGCUCCGCUCUCAGAUCCUCAGUCAGAACACGCAAGAUGUUUCCAGCUUUAAGCUAUACCAGCGUGCAAAGCAUGUGUACAGUGAAGCUGCCAGAGUGAUGGAAUUUAAGAAGGUAUGCAGCGAAGCACCUGCCAAUGCAAUCCAGCUGCUGGGAGAAUUAAUGAACCAGAGCUAUAUCAGCUGCAGGGAAAUGUAUGAGUGCAGCUGUCCUGAACUGGAUCGCCUGGUAGACAUCUGCCUACAGUCUGGGGCCAUUGGGUCACGUCUGACUGGAGCUGGCUGGGGUGGCUGCACUGUGUCAAUGGUGCCUACCGACAAGCUCGACGCUUUCCUGAAAAAUGUAAAACAAGCCUACUACCAAACUGAUGUCCAAAGGUUAGCACUGGAGAAUAAUAGUCUGUUUGCUACCAAACCUGGAAGAGGAGCUUUGGUUUUUGUUGAGGCUUGAAGAACGUAAAAAUCUUAAAGAAACUAUGUAGGGCAUUUAGAACUGGCUGUACUUCCCGUGCCGCAGCGAGGGAAUGCCUGUUCUGGUUUUUUACUGUAAUGAGCAGUUGCUACUAUCAAAAGAUAUUUCUGAAAAAGUGCUUAAAACUCUGAUUAUAAAGCCUUUCUUUUUUUCAUACUAAAACCAUCUUUCAGUAGAAACAUUGAUUUGUAACAACCUAUUGACAAGGAAAACAAAUUGAA